AAAUUUCAGAGUUGCUUCAAGGAUAAAAAACAUAUCUUUUUGCUAUAUCGGCGCUAUUGAGGAUCUGGGUCUUGAUUUACCUUUGUGUACUGUAUAGCGUUGCUCGAGAUUCGUGCUUACUCGGCAUAAAGUUUGAGUCUUUACUAGUGGGCUUUUGAUCAAGUUCCUUGAUCUGGGCUCAAACCUACCUGCUUCAACCUUUUCUCCUUCCUGUCGAAGGAAAGUGAGGCAGAGCGAAGAAAAAAUGAGAGAAAAUUUUAGUAUUUUGGCUUGUGUCUGGUUUGCACUCCUUGGAUCUUGUUUGGCGAGGUUUGUAGUUGAGAAGAACAGUUUGAAGAUAACAUCACCUGAGUCACUGAAAGGUGUUCAUGAAUGUGGAAUUGGGAAUUUUGGGGUGCCCGAGUAUGGAGGUACAAUGGUUGGAACUGUGUUGUACCCCAAAUCCAACCAUAAGGCAUGCAAGAGUUUCGACGAUGGUGAUGUUUCCUUCAAGCACAAGCCCGGUGGCAUUCCAGUUUUCCUGCUUGCAGACAGGGGAGAUUGCUAUUUCACGCUGAAAGCGUGGAAUGCUCAGAAUGGUGGGGCCGCAGCCAUUCUAGUAGCCGAUAAUCGAGUGGAGCCUCUUAUCACCAUGGACACCCCUGAGGAAGAAGACGCACGUGCAGAUUAUUUGCAGAACAUAUCUAUUCCAUCUGCACUCAUUAGCAAGGAGCUCGGGGACAAAAUUAAAAAGGAACUAGCUAAUAGCCGUAUGGUCAGCAUAAAUCUCGACCGGAGAGAGUCUCUCCCACACCCAGACGAGCGAGUUGACUACGAGCUAUGGACCAACAGCAAUGACGAGUGUGGUCCUAAGUGCAAUGCCCAGUUGGAUUUCGUCAAGGAUUUCAAGGGGGCUGCACAGAUACUGGAGCAAAAAGGAUACACUCAGUUCACCCCGCAUUACAUAACUUGGUAUUGUCCCGAGGCUUUUAUACCGAGCAAGCAGUGCAAGUCUCAGUGUAUAAACCAUGGGCGGUAUUGUGUUGAUACUUUAACAUAUUGUUCACCCGAUCCCGAGCAGGAUUUCAGCAGAGGGUAUGAUGGGAAGGAUGUUGUCGAGCAGAAUUUACGCCAGGCGUGCUUUUUUAAAGUAACGAAUGAGAGUGGAAAGCCGUGGCUGUGGUGGGACUAUGUAACGGAUUUUUCAAUCCGUUGCCCGGUGAAGGAUAACACGUACACGGAAGAGUGUGCUAAUGAAGUCAUUCGCUCAUUCGGUGUUGAUGUAAAGAAGAUUGAUGAAUGUGUUGGAGAUACCGAGGCAGAUGUUGAAAACCCGAUUCUAAAAGCCGAACAGGAAGCACAGAUCGGGAAGGGCACACGAGGAGAUGUUACUAUCUUGCCAACUCUUGUUGUGAACAAUAGACAAUAUAGAGGUAAGCUGGACAAGCGAGCAGUUCUCAAGGCCAUUUGUUCAGGCUUUGAGGAGACUACAGAACCCGCGAUUUGUUUGACUAGAGAUAUAGAAACAAAUGAAUGUUUGGAGAACAAUGGUGGAUGCUGGCAGGAUAAGGCCACCAACAUAACUGCUUGCAGGGAUACUUUCCGAGGAAGGGUUUGCGAGUGCCCCAUUGUGCAAGGUGUGAAAUUCGUUGGCGAUGGUUAUACUCAUUGUGAAGCUUCUGGUUCAUUGAGAUGUGAAAUAAAUAAUGGAGGAUGUUGGAAGGGGACAAAAGAUGGAACAACAUAUUCGGCAUGCAUUGACGAUCACACAAAAGGCUGCAAGUGUCCAGCAGGGUUCAAGGGUGAUGGAGUUAAUAACUGUGAAGAUAUUGAUGAAUGCAAAGAAAAGCUAGCUUGCCAGUGUCCGGAGUGCAAAUGCAAGAACACUUGGGGGAGUUUUGAGUGCAGUUGCAGUGACAAUUUAUUUUACAUACGCGAACACGACACGUGUAUAGGUGAAGAAUCUACUGCAAGAUAUAGCUGGAGCUUUGUGUGGGUGAUUAUUCUUGGUUUGGCUUUAGCAGGAGUUUCAGGGUAUGCACUGUACAAGUAUAGAAUCCGGAGAUACAUGGAUUCUGAGAUUCGAGCAAUCAUGGCUCAGUAUAUGCCCUUGGACAAUCAAGGGGAAGUUCAUUCUUAAAGAUGACACAUAAAUACCAAUAACGGGCAAAGAAAAUGGAAAUAAAACGAAAUGCAAAUCUGUAUCGACAUCAGUUUUAUUCGGUUGUGAGGGGUUUGCUGUCAGUUGUACCUUCUGACCAUAUGUUUAUAGAUGUAAGGUUUGAAACUUCUGUACAUGUAGAGUUCUGGUUUCUCCACACUUCGUAAACUCCCAUUGAUUUGGGAAAUUUUCAGUUUGAUGUGGAUAUUUUAUGUUCAUUCAUAAGGGGGGCUUUAUAUUGGAGUAUGGAAAUCAAUUUACAUGUUUUUUGUUUUUCUUAAACACAAUAUAAGGUUUAGUCCCAAUUAUACUACGUAAAUAA